CGGACGGUGAGCCAAGAAGAAAAGGGCUGCCCUCCCAGCUGACCACCAGCUCCCUCUUCCCGCUGCAGAAGGUCGAGUGACUCUAAUGUCAUUUGACAACAACAGGAAGGGGAAUACUAUUAUACACUUUUGACAUAUAUACUAAACGCUUGAGAAAUGGAAUAACACAAGUGUGUAUGGUAAUAACGGAACGCGGCCACAGGUCGUGGGAAUCAGAAUAGUUUAUAAAGGCUAAGCUAGCCGCCGGUGGCUAGUGUCUCGGCUGAUAAGGCGUAAUGCACCGUGUCGGCUGAUAGUCGGAUCAGCAGUGAUUGUGACAGCUAGGUUCCCUAGACACGACUGGGGGUCUCCUGACUGGAACGAGGAUAGGAUACCUUCUAGAAGUCAUUUUCCAUGGCAGUCCCGGCUAGUUUACGUCGUUUACCCAUGGGUGUGCGAACAUUCAGUGAGUUUCUAGAGAUCGCCACCCUGGGCUCCCACCAGUCAUGCCGCACCGCGGGCUCAAGAGAGCGCCUCCGCCAGAACAUCAGACAUUUGUCCUCCUGUGGCAUCCUAAUGACCAGAACUCCCAGAGUGCUUUGCCUCAAAGACUCUGAAACGAUGGCAGCUCUUCCUCAAAGCAGAGGCUUCAUCAGCUUCACCAACAAACGGAAGGAGUACUCGGAGCGCAGAAUACUUGGGUACUCCAUGCUGGAGAUGUACGAAGUGGUCUCCAAUGUGGACGAGUACAAGCUCUUUGUGCCCUGGUGUACAAAGUCCCAGACCAUCAUGAAAAGAGCAGGCCACGCCAAAGCUCACCUUGAAGUGGGGUUCCCGCCAGUGGUAGAGAGAUACACAUCUAUGAUCACCAAUGUCAGGCCCCAUCUUGUUAAGGCUGUGUGUACGGACGGAAAGCUGUUCAACCACCUGGAAACAAUAUGGCGCUUCAGUCCUGGCAUCCCCGGCUACCCCCGCACCUGCACUGUAGACUUUUCAAUCUCCUUUGAGUUCCGCUCCCUCCUGCACUCCCAGCUGGCCACGGUGUUCUUCGACGAGGUCGUGAAGCAGAACGUUGCCGCCUUCGAGCGGCGCGCAGGCAAGCUCUUCGGCCCGGAGACGCGCAUCCCACGGGAGCUGAUGUUCCACGAGGUGCACCACACGUGAGGCUGCCCCCCCAUCCGCCCUCCUCCAGCCUUACCAACACCAAACAAACCUUAGUCCCUCGACACACACACUCUCACUCAGAUCUGCAUGACGCCCUCCCACUGUUGUUGUCCUUCUCCACGAAGAACGAGCAGCAGAACGCUCCGAUAUCGCUCACAAAGAAUGAGUCGACGCAACGCUCAUUCCUGCACCAAACCCGGGCUCAUCACAUUAUUUAUUUUUAAAUAGGCCAACUGAGUGUUAUUUUCCACUUACCUCUACUGUAAGGUUCUUCUUUUGCAGGUAAAACCGUGCGCUGUUACAAACUUCUUCUACAUAAAUCCAGCAUCCUCUCCCCCAGAAUAUCGCCUGUUACUUGAUCCUUAAGUAAUAUACAAAUGAAUGGCAGUGAGUCAAAUAUUGGCAUUCUUUGACAAUAUAAUAACACACAUGAUAUGUAAUGUAUUUGAAAGUUACACCCGUUGAGGCUGACUUGUUGCUAUUCUGUUCACAAUGUAGCUGGAAACAGCCAACAGCGGGGCCAGAAUCUCACUCACUAGCAACCAUCCUUUUUAAGUUGGGAUCUAACUCUUCUGUUUAGAUUUUAGCCUCCGCUUAUCGCAUUAGGGAAUUUCAUUGAUAUAUAUUAUUUAUGUUUAAAGCAGAGUUUUAAUAAGAUGAUGUUAUUGAGCUUGGAUGUAUGCCGACAGAUAUUGGGUUUUAAUUUCAUACGUUAUUGAUUUAACGCAGCAGUGUUUUAUUAAUUUCUAAAUGAAUUGUGCCAUGCUUGUUGGAAGCUAGACAUCUCGCUCUCCUCCAUUGUGUGAUCUGAUAGUUUUUUGCAGAGGGUGAUGGUACAUUUUGACUUAAGUUAAUUUAGGUUUCGUCUCACUUGUUUUGUUGUGAUGCAGAGCUUUAACUUGAAGUUGAUCGUUAAAGGUAUUUAGUUUGAAAAAGGGGAAUUUUCCUACACAAUUGCAGAAUGGCUUAUCUUACGGCCCUGUACAGUGACAUACCCAUUAACUAAAACAAGGAAAUUAAUCAAAUAAACUAUCCUCCUUCCAAUUAUAGAUGAGUGCAAUAUUAAUAUUUAAGCUAUGCAAAUUCUACCAGAAAAUAGAUUACAUAAUCAAGUUAUAUUUUAGGUGAAUUCACUACAUUCAACUACUACAAUAUCUAAAAUUGUCUGUAAUACACCUCAAUAAUAUGAUCUCUUACUCUCAACUGAGUUUAAGUGUAUUAAAGGACCAUCAACAUAAACACCCACUGUACUCUGACUAUUUCUCUCCUCAGGAAGUUUCCCGGUCGUAGAAUAGUAUAUAGCAGCCCUGUUCUUUAAACAAUUUCUGUUCAUAUCUGCAUCAUGGCUGUUACAUGAAAAGACACGGGGGUAUAGUAGUUAUGGCACACUAGAUGGCUUAUUACAUACCUCCUAAAUGUGGAUACACAAAUGUUCUUCAGUUUACCUUUUACUUAAGAUACAAAUAGUCAUACCUUUAAACCCUAAAAGUAGGCGAGACAGUUGAAGCUUAUACAGCACCUUAUUGUUUGAAUCACCCCCAUCCCCAACCCCUCUCCCUCAGUCAGAAAGUGUGAAUUAUCAAUCUUUGGCUCUAAUAUUUCACUUGAGAGCCUACAUGUACAUUUGUGAAUACUCUGCAUUUCAGUUGUAUUUAAGUUAAAAAUAUUCUGAAAAUAAAGUUUAUGAAGUUAA